GAUGAUGUGUUUGUGGUCGUAUCUCAGGUGGUUCUGAUCAAUGCGGUGAAGGACGUGGCUAAAGCUCUGGGUGACCUGAUCAGCGCCACGAAGGCUGCGGCCGGCAAACCUCACAAUGAUCCCGCCAUGUUACAGCUCAAGAACUCUGCUAAGGUGAUGGUGACGAAUGUGACGUCUCUACUGAAGACGGUGAAGGCCGUGGAGGACGAGGCCACUAAAGGCACACGAGCACUAGAGGCCACCAUAGAGCACAUCAAACAAGAGCUGGCUGUGUUCAGCAGUCCAGAUCCUCCUCCAAAGACCGCCACUCCAGAGGAGUUCAUCCGCAUGACCAAAGGCAUCACGCUGGCCACGGCGAAAGCAGUGGCUGCUGGGAACUCCUGCCGUCAGGAGGAUGUGAUCGCCACUGCUAACCUGAGCAGACGAGCCAUCGCUGACAUGCUGCACUCCUGCAAGGUCAGACCACUCUCAUACAUGGUAACAUGUGACCCUGGA